AUGGCCCCACAACCAUCCCGCCGUCUUCUCAUCUUUCAAGAAGCUCGCAAUCCCCAAAACACCGCCGAGAUUGUUUAUGUCCCUGUCAACAAGCUGGGUCUUCCCAUCUCCGGGCCUGGACCGGAACUGCCCUCGAUUCUAGAGUUGCCAUUGCGCAUUUUAAAAGCUUUCACAGAUAUCUUCAACCAGCCGAAGUAUAAAGGAUGGGCUAUUAUGGGCGCGGGACCUUACCAUGAUACCUCUGCAGAGGGUAAAUACUACGCAGUACUGUUAGAGCAGUGCCCAUGUGCAGGGAAAUUCUUCCUCCUCGACUUCGCCAAGACGAGCAGUGGGUAUGAACCCAUAGGAUUUCCUCUUCAAUUAUCUGAGGCAUCCCAUAUCCUUAAGAUGGUUCUCACCGGCGAGAAUAGACCGUCCCCGUCCUCAUCCUCCCGUAUUUCUGACGAAGUCGUUUUCUUCGAAGACUCCGUACUCAUGCAAACAAUUGCUAAUAUAAUCUCGUAUGCCACUAAAAGCUAUGCAUACGUCAAAAGCUACAACGACACAAAACACAAGGGCUACCACGCCAUAGUCGUAGCAACGGACGGCCCUCACAUUUGCGCCAAUCCCAUCCGAACUCUCUGCGUCCACAACCCCCAUGGCCUAGUUUCUAUAUGUUCAGGGGACCCAUCGAACGAGUACCUCAAAGACCUAACGGAGGCCUGCGAACGAUAUAACGUACAUAUCCUGCUCCUGAACACCAAUAUAUUCGAUGGACAAGCGUUCGACUCCAGUUUCUCCGAUCAACCGGCUUCCAUGCUGGCCCUUCCUGGCAAAGAAAACACCAAUUACCAUACCACCAAGAGAUCAAACCCCUCAGUUGGACCAUCUGCGCCCCGGUACGAAACGGAGAAUGUCAAGACAUUUUCGCCAGGUAACUCGGGUACAGAAGUACCUGGCUUCAGCAGUUUCAUUAACCCGGAGUCAUUUUCUGCGCCUCAAGAUAAUCAGGACAUAAUCAAAUCUGAGAAUAAUGAAAUGACCGUGACCCUACGGGACGUCCUGCUCCACACCCCUGUGCAAUCACCUAAGGAUAACGGUUCACCCCAUUCCCGGAAUGAAUAUGCAACAGGCACUGAAGGGGACACACCUGAGUGA